AUGAACCGCAUAAAUUCUCUUUAUUAUGGAAUUCUGAUAUCUCAUUUAAAUGGGAGCAUAAAUAAGCACACUGGUCAAUUGUAUUAUCAACCGUGUAGUUUACCCAGGGAUAAAUCGAUGAAUUAUACAAUUUCAUUGGCUAAAAAGAUACUUUCAAGGAAUUCGCCUACAACAUCAAAUUCACAGGAAAAGAAGUGUGAAUAUUCAAUAAAUAAUCAUUAUGUGCUUCGAUUGUGUUUAAAUUCAUCAGAAGAUGGCGUCUACUAUAUGCAAUUGAAUGGUGAUGUGAAAUUCAAAAAUGGAUUACCAGUUGGAAGGUAUUUUUUCCUCACUUCGAAUGCUACCAACAUUCUACCACAAAAACCAAAACAAACCUUUUAUCCUACAGAUAUAUCAAGUAUAGCCACUCAACCAUCAAAUUGUACACUACAUCAAGUGUAUAUAAGUUUAUCGAUUCAUAUUAAUCCACAUAAUUAUUGGAUAUAUACAAUACCGCUGGCGUGUAAUCUUACGGAUAACAUAUCAUUUAUGCUAGAUCAUAUCAACAAUAUGACAAACUACUGUGAAUUUCCAGAGUAUGCUGUAUCACCGAGAAUUCGACAAACCUAUAAACCAAUCCACUGUCAAACAACUCAUGGUAUGCAUACCCUAGAAUUGACUAUACCAGCUUAUCAUCGUCGUGAUUAUCCAAGAUAUUAUUUAGUUUUAAUCUAUGCCUCAAAUGUAGAUGAUAUAACCGGGAAUUAUAAACAACUUUUUGUACGUCAGAUAUUGGACACAUGUAAUAUUAUUUCGAGCGGUUGUUAUCCUAAAGCCUUAUCAAAUUGUCGUCAAAAUUUUCCAUCACAUCUACCUCCAACCUUUGAUCCACUGAUGUCUAGUUCAGUGAUAUUGAAUUCAAAUUCAUCUAGUCAAAUACCUGUAUGUAUGAUUGGUGAAUAA